UAUACAUUCAUUGCAUUUUUAUGAUUGGUUAAGGCUGUCGGGAAAUCACGACACGUCAUGAAUAAUUAACAUAUAGCAAAAUGACAGCGUAAGAGAUAUACUAAGGAGUGCUGAUUGGUUAAUUGUGAUAUGGCAAUUCGCAGGAACGCCAAACGGGAGGGGUAAAUAAGAGACUUGGAAAUUGUCUCUAACGUUACAUCGUUUUGCGCAUCUGCCAUGGACGGACAUUCUCUAAUGCAGUCGCUCUCUCAGCAUCAUCAAAAAGCUGAAAAUAUAAUGUCUCACACUAACGGUCUAAAAGAGGAGGAUUCACUGAAGCAUGUAAGCAAGGACUCUAACGGGGUUGUCUCCUCGCCAGGAUCAACGGGAUGUGACGAUCAGGACGGGGAUAAGCCACUGUCGAAACAAAAGCGCCACCGUACCCGCUUCACACCAGCGCAGUUGAAUGAGCUUGAACGAGCGUUUGCAAAGACGCAUUACCCAGAUAUCUUCAUGCGUGAAGAAUUGGCGCUCAGGAUCGGACUCACAGAGUCAAGGGUUCAGGUUUGGUUCCAAAACAGGCGAGCCAAAUGGAAGAAAAGGAAGAAGACUACUAAUGUAUUCCGCACACCAGGGGCACUCCUACCGUCACACGGAUUGUCACCAUUUGGCUCUAUGGGCUCCAUGGGAUCAAUGAAUGACUCGUUUUCAUUCCCCGAUACACGCUGGACAGGUAUGGGUAUGUCCCAGAUGUCGCAAAUGGGCGGUAACUCACUUACGUUGCCCCCAUCAUUACCCCGACAAGGUAUUGCGCAAUCUUUGCCAACAAGUGUAGGAGGCCUUGGACCUUCAUCUGGAACAAUGCAUGCAGCGUCUUUAUCAAAUACAAUGAUAGGCAAUGGUUCAUCUAUGUAUGGGUCAAAUCCCUAUGGCGUGCCAUCGUCUUGCGAAUCACCCCUAUCUACGUCACCCGUGACAUCAAUGCCCUCACAGAUGGCGUGUGGAAUGCAAGAGAUGGGCGAUGCGUGGCGAGGAACGAGUAUUGCAUCACUUCGCAGAAAAGCUCUCGAACAUUCAAUGACAUCUGGGUUUCGAUAAAAAAUGAUCAACACGGAAGACAGUGUUUUACACCCUUAACGUAAAAUGAAACUGUAUACAGAGUUACAGAAACAUUGGACAAUAAUUUAUGUUUAAUUUCCUGAACUGAGAUAGUAGUAAUGUAGGUGUUAAUAUCGCUAAUAGAAUAGGAACAGGCUGUUUCUUGCCAUCACUGAAAGUUCUCAUAUAUAACCUAGCUCAUUUUAUCUUUCCACACUACUAUGGUUUAACGGUUUAAGGCGAUAUGAUUUUUUGUCUUGCUUUGACAAUUGAUUCACAAAUAAUUUAUCAUUCCUUUGAAUAUUUUUGUAUGAUACAUUUUUUGUUGAAUUCCUAAGUUAAUUGCAUGACUGAUUGUACUAAUAUGUCGUUUAGUAUAUUUCACGUCAUAAGAAAACAUAAAUAUAAAGUACAAAGAGAUAAAUUAUAUUUUUCAUCUAGAAUAAGAAAUCAAGAGUGCACGAUAGCUUAAUGGUAUGAUAGACGGUACCAUUUUGGCUUCAUAUUUGACCUACCAUGUACACUUUCAUUUAUUGUACUAUUGUAUUAUAAUAUUGUAUAUAUUCCACUACUUACAACGAGUCUACUAGUCAUUAAGUCAAGCUAGAGAAAUUAAACUCUAUAUUCAGUAUAUAUACUUUGUUUUUCUCUAGAAUUAUGAGGUUAUAUCUUUAAUGGCUUAUUUUUUAAAGAACAAAACACAUAUAUCUGUACAACAAUAAUAUGUGGUUGGAUUGUCAUUAAAAUGUCCAUACACUGGAUCUGAUGUUGUAUGAAAUAAAUGCCAGAUAUUAAUGCGAUCAUGCAAACUGUACUGUAUAUAGUCAUAAACUAUUUUAGGUUUGUACAAAUGAAUAUUGUUUAGUGCAUCAAGAACUAGUUUAUUUAAAUAGAGACAGUAUACAUCAGAAAAUUAAAUUAUUUACAGCAUGAUUUACUCAUUACUUUAUAUGUAAAAGACUUAGCCAUCGCACUAGUGCGAUCGAUGCAUUUGAAUUUAGGAAUGUGAUGUCGUAUACACACACAAUGCACGGUAUAAUGCAUUGCUAAAAUCUUUUUUUUAUUACUUUUUUAUUCAUAGAAAACAUUUGAAA